AUGGAUGACCGAUAUGCUAUUGCUUUAGGAGGUCUGAUCACUGCCUUAUCAAUGAUGCUUGCUAGUAUCACUAAUGAGAUUUGGCAGCUGUGGAUAACUCAGGGGAUCUUGGCAGGCAUCGGAUCGUCUCUCGUUUACUAUCCUUGCUUGAAUCAAACAAUGACCUGGUUUUCAUCAAAAAGAGCUGUAGCAAUUGGCCUAUCCAUGUCAGGCAUUGGAUUUUCAUCUAUUGCAUUCACCAAUAUUGCAACGGCAUGCUUUCAGACCGUGGGAUAUCGUUGGGCGCUUCGUGUAUUUGGGUUCAUUGCACUUGUAUUGUGUGCGAUUGGCGCGAUUUUAUGCGUUAAACUCAAUCCUAGACCCAAAUCAGCCGUGAUUCCUUUACUGGAUCUUUCAGUGUUCAAGUACAAAAAGUUUGUUAUUUUGAUCAUCGCUCACUUUAUUGGCGCCUUUGUUUUCUAUAUCCCUGAAAGCUUCAUCGCUCCUUAUGCACAAAGUUUUGGCGUGGAUCCAUUCACAAUCGCAAAUAUCACAGGGAUCAUGGCUGUCUUCAAUUCGGUUGGCUCCAUCACCCUUGGGCUUUUGGCAGAUUACAUCGGCCGCUUCAACAUGGCAAUAUUCGUUGGGUUGCUAUGCGUCGUCAUGCAACUUGGUGUAUGGUUUACUGCGGCGACCGUAGCAAGUCUUUGGGCAUUCUCCGUGGUGUAUGGAAUGGCAUUAGCAACGUUCAAUAGCCUAUUGAUCACUGUGAUCGUGGAUUGUGCAGGGAUCGAACGCUCUGAAGUUGGCACUGGUUGGGCUAUCUUUACGUGGAGCUUUGGUGCUCUCUUAGGACAACCUUUGGCAAGCAGGAUAGUCAACCAAACUCAAGUCCCCAACUAUCGCAUGGCUAUUGUGUUUUCCUCUGUCAUUUUCUUUUUCGUUACAUGCUUGAUGCUGGUGCUUAGAAUCAUGAUUGGCGGCUGGAAGGUCUUUAAAAAAGUGUGA